AUGCCCCCAAAAAAGCCUAAACAAAUUGAUCCUUAAUUGCAAUAAGAACAAUUUGAGAAAUGGAAAGAAAGUGAUGAAUUUAGAGUUUGGAAUGAACUGAUGAUUAUCUCAAAAUCUUUAGAUAAUAUUUCUGAAACAUCCCCCGAUAUAACAGGAAAUUGGCAAGUUUAUCACAACAAAGUUUUUGAAUUAUGCUAAGUUUUCAAGUGUAAACCUAAGUUCAAGUUCAUUGACCAUGUUCAUAUCCGAAGUGCAUUUUUUGCGAAGGAAGACAUUGAAAUAAAUAAGCAAAUCUAAAAGCAAUAUAUUGACGGCAUCUAUUGUUCUGUAGAGAAGUUAGAUAAGGAUCGUGGAAACCAUGUUAAAUAAGCUUAUUCUAAAAUUUUUAGAACUUUGGAGGAUCAUAAGUUUUAAGAUAUGAAUGCCGAAAACUACUAAGCGGAGAGAAAAAACUUGCAAACCCUAUUGAAUGAGUUAACUAAGAAAUUACCUAUUCUAAUAAAAAUAAGUCAUAAACUGAUUGAAGAGCGUUUAAUGCAAGUUACAGCUCCAUUAAGAGCACUCUUGGAAAUCAAUAAGAAAUUGAUGUUCUUUGAUUUAAGAAAUACUGCCCAUAGAGAUAGGAUGAUAAGAGAUUUUAUAAUAAAAGCAGAUAUUGAAUAAUAUUGUAUUUGUUUACAGGAAUGCGAAAGAAUUUUGCUUGAAUCAUAAGCGAUAAAAGCAAACCCUAAUGUGAAACUUAUUUUUAAUAAAUUAGGUUAUGAAAAUUGGUAAACUAAUAAGAUAGAGUCAUUUUAUCUAAGACCACUUUUAGAAGCAUUUGAAAAAAUGAGAAGAAACUUAUUUUGUUUAAUGCUCAAAGGAAUCAACUUUUACAAAGCACCUUUAAUGGAGAAUUAAGUAAUUUUAAUAACGAAUUAUUAGUAAUUUGUAAUUGAUAUUAAUGAAGUCAUAAAGGCUGAAUUGAUUAGUGAGCAUUUGCUUGGAUCACCAUUAAAAAGAGACCAAAUAAAUUUUGUAUAUAAUGUGUUAAGCGUUAUUUUUCAUGCAAAUCCACAAGCAAGAGAAUUUCUGUAAAAGAAAGAUGAAAAUUGUAUUAAAGGAAGCAUUCCAAAAUUAAUUGCAUAUCAUACUAUCUUAUACAUGAGAGCCUGGAAGGAUAGAAAGAAAGAAGAUGACUUAAAGUAGAUGAAAUAAGAAUAGUAAGAUUAAUUGAAGUAAACCUAACUUUAACAUUCAUAAUUACAAAGCACAUAAGAUGAAAAUUUGGCAAAUGCUCAAACUAAUAUUUAUGUUUCUCCAGAAAGGAAGAGACAAAUGGAUGAAGAGUAAAAAAAGAAAGAAGAGGAAUAAAGAUUGGCAGAAGAAACAGCAAGAGAAAAAGAGUAAUUAUCUUUGAUGCAAAAAUAUGGGAGGUAUUGGUUAUGGGACUUUUAUUGUUCAUAAGAACAUAGACAAAUUUUUGAAGAUUGCGUUGAAAGAGUUAGACACAUUAAUAAAGCAGUGUAAUAAGAUAUUGAAGAUGAAAUCAUUAAGGAAGGUAUGAUACCCAAGAUUCGUAAUAGACAGAUGUAAUAAAAUGAUCCCAGCUUAUUAUUCAAUGAAUUACGUAAAAAAGAUUACGAUAACCAAUAUGUUUUAAUGAGAAGACCUCCAGAAUUAUGGAAUUAUCCUAAAGUAAUUGAUGAAGAGCAUUAAUUCAGAGCAAUUGCAGAUCCUAAAAAAUGCUAUAUAGAUUAAAGAAUUGAAAAUUUAGAGGAGAGAAUCAAUCUAUUGGCAAACCAUCUGCAAACGUACAAACCAUAGACUUGGAAAGAAUUAAUUGAAAGAGUAGUGGAUGCACUAAAGGAAACAUACAUUUAAGAACCCACUUAAAUUGAUGAAUAAUGA